AUGGAUAAGAACUGGAGUCGUAUAGGCAUAACAGAUUUAAACCAUUUACACGAAAAAAUAAAAAAGCACGAGUUUUCGAAAUCUCAUUUGCAUGCUAGUACGGAAUUUGCGUUACUUGGAAAAGUUAAUAUUGCACAACAGUUAAGCUCUGCCUAUCGUCUGGGUAUUGCUAAACAUAAUGAGACUGUAAGAAAAAAUAGACACAUUUUAAGUAGAAUUAUAAGUUGCGUGAAGUUCUGUGGUGUUUUUGAAUUGGCCCUCCGAGGCCACGAUGAAAAGGAAGAUUGUUUAAACCGUGGAAUUUUUAAAGAACUAAUAAACUACAGUGCUGAAUUAGACAAUAUGUUGAAAGAACAUUUGGAAAACUCAAGCGUUUUUAAAUGA